GUAAAUCAUUUAUUCUUGUUGUAAGGAAUGAGGACUUUAUCUCCUGAAAUAAAGUACAACAACAUCAGGCGAAAAACGGACAAAAACUGAUAAAAAGAGCUGUGGACCAAAGAAGCUCCUCACAUUCAAAGAUGAACAGAAAAGUAUAUUUAAGUCAAAAGACUGAUCCAAACAUAGCAGAUAAGAGGGCUGGACGCGACUUACGUGAGAAGAUAAGCUUAAGCCGGAGAUCAGUGAGAUCAGACAAUCAGACUAUGAAUAUUUCUAUCCCUAGUUCAAGCAGGACAAAUAUACAACAGACAAACAAAAGACGCUCCGGAGCAAGACGCCAUGUAACAGUUUUGACUCAGGAAAGUUUCUCGCCAACAAAUGGUCGCGUUGAUUGUCAGAAGCGACCGAAAUCUAGUAAUAAGAUUGGUGAAACGCGCUCUCGUGAGCAGCUUUCUAAAUCCGACAGACAGGAGGUACAGUUAGGAGGUUCUCGUACAUCUUCGGGAUCAAGGCAGAAGAGUAGUGUGUCUUCCACACGAGCUGUUGCUGCUGAUUCACAUAUGGAGCAAAAAAGAAGUGAAAAUAUCGAAAGAAAAAAGAAUGACAGUGUGCCAAGGACGUCUUCACGUAGAACAAGUCCUUCUCCUCGAUCAAGACAGGAACGAAAAAGAAGCGAUUGGAGAAAGACUUACAGUAUUCCAAAAUCGACAAGAGUGGGACCUUCCUCAACAAGAUCUAACCGUAAAGAAGCACAAUCCAAACAAAAAGAAUCUCGGGAAGAAAGCAGCAGAAACAAGUUAAAUAGCACAGUGAAGAAUGAAUCGAGGAAAAGAAAGUCGUCGUCAUUUGAAAGUGGUCGUUCACCAAACAAGAAGCCGAGAAAAAACCCUUUCAUUCGGUAUAACGAUCGGCUAGUUAGACUGCUGGUGAAGGACUCGUCUGACAUUCUAAUAGCUCUGUUGGAUGACCUGGAAGACUUUUGCGCGUUCCUUAAGUGCGACGAUUUGAGUGGAAAAUCAAUUGACGAGAUUUUAAAAGUUUUGUGCAAAGUUUAUGAGACUCCACACAUAAUAAACUUAAACGAAAUCUUUAAUGCAUUUAAGGAUGCGAAUUUUUUGAAACGUCUUCGAUAUUAUGUAGGUCGCCUUCGACAAGAUCGCGUGGAAGAGACGCAUUUGGAACGAAUUAUUCGUUUUUUUACUGAGCUUUUGACUCGGUUUCCAAGCGUCUGUGAGGAUUUGCCCUUAGAUGCUUUCAUCAACAUGUGCACAGAACAAUUGGAGACCAACCAAAACGACCACAUCGAAACAAACAGCAACAUCAAAUCCUCCAGCACAGAUGAGUGUGGUGACAGCGUGAUGCGUAACGAAGCCACAGCAGAUAACGUCAACGCCCCGGGUUGUAAAACGUCCACUGUCGAUGAAGAUAGAAGAAAUCGAAUAAAGGAAGGAAUCCUUAGAUUAAAAUCUCUGCAGAAGGAAACACUUAUUCGAAAGCAUGAUUCAUCUAACAUGACUGGAAAGAAAAACGCACCACCAGAUGACUACAAAAGCAUUCCCAUUUUCCCCAGACAUGAAGAUAUCUUUCCUGAACAUCCGCCAUUUUUGCGAGCAAACAUUAUUCAAGGUCGAUAUAUAGAUGUUACACAUUACCUUGAUGUCCAGUUUCGUCUGCUUCGGGAAGAUUACAUCGCCCCAAUCCGCGAUGGUGUUCUAAAGGCAACUGGUAUCCAGGAAAAUCAAUCCCAAAGUAUCCACGUGUACAAAAAUGCCAGAGUUGUUGGACGAAUCUUGGACACAAGAUCAGGAGGGUUGCUUCACUCGGUUCAAUUUGAUGUUACCCGCAUGCGUCGAGUUAACUGGAAGAACUCGAAGAGAUUUAAAUACGGUUCUUUAUAUUGUCUCAUCGACAACAACAAUCGAUCUUGUAUGCAUUUUGUUACAAUCACCGAACGCAACUAUGAAGAACUUGCAAAGGGUUUUAUAAAUGUGAAAUUCUUUGACGAGAAACUCGGUGAUGGUAUAUCUGCCGAACAGCAGUUCCUAAUGAUCGAGUCACCGGCGUACUUCGAAAGUUAUCGACAUGUUCUUAAAGGUCUCCAAGAUUUCAACAAAGAUUCCCUACCAUUUCAACGAUAUUUGGUUGAGUGCGCGUCACAAGUCAAGCCGCCAGUCUAUUUGGUGCAACCUGCAACAAAAUCCAAUGAACCUGGCAACCUCGAAGUAACAGACAGAAUGAGGAACGAUGACAGAUGCCAUGAUUGCUUUAAUCUGAAGGAGGCUUUGAGGUGUGAAACAGCCAAGUCUGUGCCUGUUUUAGAUCUCAAUGCUUGGCCAUCACAAUCCAAAGUGGAUUUAAAUGAUUCCCAGUACAGCGCCUUAAAAGCUGCGCUUUCGCAAGAAUUUGUAGUCAUCCAAGGACCUCCAGGUACCGGGAAAACAUUCGUUGGACUCCGAAUUGCCAAUGCUUUGCUAAAAAACAAAUCUUCCUGGUGUCGACGCGAGGCAGAAAAUGACACAGGAAAGCAUAGUCCAAUUUUGGUCGUUUGCUACACAAACCACGCUCUUGACCAGUUUCUCGAAGGAAUCUUACUGAUCACUCAGAGCAUCGUUAGGGUCGGCUCGAGAGGAAAAAGCGAAACCCUGGAACGUUUUAAUUUGAAAGAAAGAAGAAAAUUAACCAAGCAGUCGAUUCAUUAUCGACAUUCAAAAUCUCGUUUAAGAAUUGUUCAGGCUCAAAUUCAAGAAGAAAGAUUAGUCGUAGAGGCGAACCAGGCCGAAAAACUGGGUCCCAAAGAAGUUGAAAGCAUCUUAAACGACGAAGAAAAGGAACAGCUUAAACAAUGGGAACGUGUCGCUCAUCAAAUGCGAGUGCAUAGAAUCGAGGCGUGGCUUAGAAUGCAGGAUGAUGACGUCAAGCAAACGAAGCAAAAACGAAAGAGUUCAACAUGUAACGACUCGAAAGCAAAACGUUUAAGAAAGACUGUUGAUUCUACGCCAAAUCUGAUUCGUGAACGUGCAAGUUUGUCGGUUUUCUGGUCUUUUACAAGUUCCACAGCUGUGGAUUCUGUUAAAAACGCCAAAGCAGGGUUAAAUAGUUCAAGUUAUUUGAAAGAAGGUGAAAUCCCGGAUAGCGAUUUAGGGGAAUUUCACACAGAUGCUAAAACCAGUGAGUCUAAAGGAAGUGAUAUUGAAGAUUCAGUGGGGUGCAAUGAAGGCAAUGUCAUGGCAGUCAAAGGACACUUUGAUAGGCAAAAGAAAGACGAAAGGAAGCCGAAUGUUUCUUUAGGAGCCGCUAUUUCUGAAAUUUCCGAUGAUGAUGUUGAAGAAGGGGAGGUACUCGACUCAUGUGAUGAUAGUUUUGAUAACGAGAACACGUCAAGUGAUGAUGAUGACGAAGAAAGCGAUAUAGGUCUGACGUUGAUCCUGGGAGAACAGAUUGAAAGGAUCGGGGGAAAAGUUGAGCAAACGUGUCAAGUUGAUCUGAAACAUCUCUCGGCAGAUGAGCGCGCUAAUCUUUACCAAGAAUGGCGCGAGAGGUAUAAAAAAUAUCACGCGAAACGGUUUGAGGAUUUGCAAAAGGAUCACGACGACACGUUGCGACGGAUGGCCGAGAUUGAAAGCAUUCAAAAUGAACGAGUUUUAAAGGAAGUCGACGUGAUUGGUAUGACCACUACAGGAGCGGCCAAACAUCGCCUAACUUUGCAAGAAAUCAAACCAAGGAUUGUGAUCGUAGAAGAAGCAGCUGAGGUACUCGAGGGUCAUGUAAUAACAACUCUUUCCAGUGGAACGGAUCAUUUAAUCUUAAUCGGGGACCAUAAACAACUAAAGCCAAAACCAACCGUUUUUGAACUUGCAAAAAAAUACAAGCUAGAUGUUUCACUCUUUGAAAGAAUGGUUAAAAAUGGUCUUACUUGUCAUUCGUUGAAUAUUCAGCAUCGCAUGAGACCAAAGAUCGCUGACAUUAUGCGUAUUAUUUACCCUGAUUUGACCGACGAUGUAUCAGUGUUGGAUUACGAUAGCGUAACUGGCAUUCAAGAAAAUGUUUAUUUCAUUGACCACAACAACCCAGAAAGUGAAAAUGAUGAAUUGAAGAGUCCUUCCAACCGACACGAAGUCGAAUUCGUCGCUGCUCUAUGUCAGUACCUCUUGUUACAAGGUUACCCAGGCAACAGUAUCACCGUAUUAACAAUGUAUAGUGGACAGUUGUUGAAGUUGAAGCGGCGUAUGCCAAAGGAAUCUUUCGGCGAUAUUCGUAUCAGCUCUGUAGACGAUUAUCAAGGGGAGGAGUGCGAUAUCAUCAUACUGUCCUUAGUCAGAAGUAACAGGGAAGGUAAAAUCGGUUUCCUCAACGUAUCAAACCGUGUCUGUGUCUCCUUGUCGAGGGCGAAAAAAGCUAUGUAUUGUAUUGGUGAUAUCUCAAUGAUGGCCAGUAAAAACGAACUAUGGGGUAAAAUUAAGAAACAUUUGGAGCACAAGGCUUUGAUUGGAAACUCUUUGCCUUUAUGUUGUCCAAAUCACCCUGAGACGAAAAUUGAAGCUUCGUCGGCUGAAGAUUUCAAGAAAUCACCACAAGGUGGAUGCAUGUCGAUGUGUGGCUUUCGCCUUCCUUGUGGUCAUGCGUGUUCCUUGCAUUGUCACCCCGUAGACCCUAAACACGAGAGGUAUCGCUGUCGCGAGAAGUGCCUGGAAGAAUUGUGUGAUUUGAAACACACUUGUAAAAGUGAAUGUCAUUUUGGUGAAAACUGUAAACAAUGCACGGAGAUGAUCCUCUUUACAGUUCCCUCCUGCAAACACGAGAUACGGAUUGAAUGUUUUAAGCGCGCGAGUAUUGUAUGCCCGAAUCCUUGCAGGAAAAAACUCCAGUGCCGUCACGACUGUGGUGGAAAAUGCGGCGAAGAUUGCAGUAAAAUAGCGUGUCAAACGAAAGUUGAACGUAUUCUCAAAUGUGGUCAUACGGUAUCUUUGUCUUGCUCGAGUGACCCGAAGGAUUCCCCCUGCAGUGAAAAGUGCAAAAAAUUACUCGACUGCGGCCACGAAUGUCCAGGCGACUGCUAUCAUUGCUAUGAAGGAAGAUUUCAUGUCAAAUGCAAGCAACCAUGCAAACGUCUACUCGUAUGUUCUCACGAGUGCCACGAGCCGUGUACAAAAAAUUGUCCUCCUUGCAUAAUGGAUUGCGAAAAUAAAUGCAACCAUAGUAAAUGCCCCAGACCUUGUGGAGAACCAUGUACACAAUGUCGAAUGCAGUGUAUGUGGAAAUGUGAACAUCACCAGUGCACCAAACGGUGUUUUGAGUUAUGUGAUAGAGAGAAAUGCAAUGAAUCCUGCAAGAAGCCACUUAAAUGCGGACAUAAAUGCGUCGGAAUUUGUGGAGAUUUCUGUCCACGAUUGUGUCGUGUUUGCAACAAGGAUGAACUACAGUCAAUCUUUCUUGGCAACGAGGACGAACCUGAUGCUUUGUAUGUUGAACUAGUCGACUGUGGACAUAUCUUUGAAGUGAAUGACCUGGAUUACUGGAUGGAAGGAAUGGAGGAGAAUGAAAGUUCUGCAGUUCAACUUAAAGUUUGCCCGAGGUGCAAAACUGCGAUACGACGCAGUUUAAGAUAUGGUAAUAUUGUGAAGAAAACCUUGGCAGAUAUUGAAAAGGUUAAAAAGAUCAAAUUAGAUGAGCAGCAAAAACUUCGUGAGAAACGGGUUCAGUUACGACAGCGCGUUGAAAAACUGAUUGAGAACUACCCAACGCUUGAGAAAAAAUUACACCUAAAACUAGAGGUUAUUCGUCUGGGCGAAGAUGCUGAUAAAUACGUUACAUUGGAAAAUAAACUCAAUUUUUUUUCACGCCUUGAAGAAAUCCACAAAAAAUUUCUCGCAGGUUCGGAAGAGGAUGGCUUAGACUCCGAAGAUGCACAGACUCCGAAGCUUUUAAAAGAAAAGAAGCGAAUUUUUGAACUUCUUCUAUCCAAAAGAUUGUUAAGCGUUCAAGAAAUCAAGGAUAUAUCAGACAGUAUAGCGUUCCUCGCACUCAAUUGUCAAUUUGAAAUCAUGCUUUGGAAAAUAAAGAAAGAAUGCAGCAGUUCUCGACUAACGGAGGAUAUUGAAUCGAGCAUCGAGUCGGCGAAGAAAAUCAUGUCACGUCAAAGUAGUGCGGUUGAUACAGCCCUGGCCAUAACAGUCGAGGAACGGACUAAAGUUGCUGACGUGAUAGAAGACGUCAGCAGCAAGCUCGGACUAGUUCUCAUGUCCCUGGUGGAACAGAAUAGUAUUGUCAAGGCUCUUAAUCUUUCAAAAGGGCAUUGGUACAAGUGCCGUAAUGGUCAUAUAUACGUUAUUACGGAAUGUGGUGGAGCGAUGGUGUCCAGAAAAUGCCUAGAAUGUGGCGAGAUGAUUGGAGGGAAGAAUCAUAAACUCGCUGAAGGAAAUGAAGUUGCGACUGAAAUGGACGGAGCAACGCAUUCUGCGUGGUCAGAUCAUGCAAACCUGUUAAAUUAUGAUCCGGAAGUCUUGAGGCAACUACGACAAUGAACUAUAGAAUGAUCACAAUGGGACGAUUUUUUAAUGAAUACUCGUCACUCAAACGGUUGCAAACUUGCAAGAUGCCUUAUGGAAGGAAUAGUAGUUGCGCCUGGUAACAAAAUGAAAUGAAAAAGGCAGUUGGAAAGACAAUGUAUGGUCACUCUUUAUCGUCGUAUUAUUUCCUUCAUGAGGCUAUAAUUCUAGGUAGCUAUUAAUUAGAGUUUGUUUCAUAUAUAAGUAAAAAUAUUUGAAUUCAAUUUGAUGAAGAUAAUCAAGAAAUUUAUUGAAGUAGUAAUUUUGAAAAAACAUCUACAAAAAAUGGUAAAAUAACAACAGUGA